UACAAGAUGGCGCUAAUAUGCCAAACUUUUGUCACACGUUGAAGUUGUGUAUAACAUCAAAUGCUCAACAUGAAUUCUGCGAGCAAGGUGGGUGAAAUUUUUACCGCUGCUGGUGCAGCCUUCAGUAAGCUGGGUGAACUCACAAUGCAACUACAUCCAGUUACAGACUCUCCAGCAGGUAAAUGGACUGACGACGAAAUUGAGAUGCUCCGUCACUCGGUGAAGACUUUCAGUGAGGACUUGAACAAAAUAAGCGACCACAUCAAGAGUCGGACGGUUUCGCAGAUCCGAACAACCCUGAAGAAGAAAGCGUUCGAGGAGGCUGGUGUGCCUAUCAGACAACAGAUAAUCCCUCCGACAGCAUCGCAGCAAUCGUUGGUUCAGCAGCAGCAGCUGUCAAAGCAACAAUCGGUAAAUCAGGCUCUGAUGGGAAAAUCGGCAGAUGUAACGCUGAACAUGUUAAACGCAUCCGAGACGGAAGUAGAUGUCGUAGGGCUCCCCGAAGAUUGUCAAGUGAAGCUGGAAUUUGAAGGCGCUACUGAGGAAGUCACUUCUUAACUAAACCAACUCGGCAACUCAUCAUCCAUCAUCACCGUUAUCAUCAUCGUUAUUCUCAUUUGUUCUUGCUAUUCACUAUUCAUUUUGUUAUUGACUGGCGAACAUGGUUUUAAGUAUUUUAGUUUUAAGUAUAUCGCUUAUGUGUAAGUUAGUAUAAGUUCUAUAAUAAAUGUAUAAAAACCAA